UCCUCACUUAGCAGUGGCAGUGCUCAUCACAGCUAGUCCAUCUUUCGCAGCUUACGCUCAGUAAUCUGUUGCAUUUUCAACGAUGCAAGGCCUCGCAGUAACUUCCAAGCUGUCACUGGCCGUCGUGGUCGUGGUGUUUCUGCUGGGCUCCGCAGGCGCUGUCCACGGCCUGAGGAGGGUCGUCUCCAGCAGCUCCGACGAGCCGUGCAACGAGAUGACGCUCUACUACCACGACAUCCUCUACAACGGCGUCAACAACACGAAGAACGCGACGUCGGCGGCGGCCACAAAGCCCACGGCGCUGAGCACGACCCACUGGAAGAACGGCACCUACUUCGGCACGCUCGUGGUGUUCAACGACCCCAUGACGGUGGGGAAGGCGCUACCCGUGGCAGGGGAGGAGCCUGCGGCGCGCGCCCAGGAGUUUUACUUCUACGACAAGCAGGAGUCAUACACCUCCUGGUUUGGCUUCUCCAUCGUCUUCAACUCCACGGCGCACAAGGGCACCCUCAACCUCGUCGGUGCGGACCUCAUGGAUGACAAGACGCGGGACCUCUCUGUCGUCGGCGGCACCGGCGACUUCUUCAUGGCGCGGGGCAUCGCCACCCUCCGCCUCGAUGCCUCCGAGGGAACCGUCUACUUCCGUCUACAGAUGGACAUCAAGCUCUACGAGUGCUACGUAUGAGGAUUUAUAUUAGGGUGGCACAUCCAUUUGCUGUGCUGGUGUGUGUCAAUAAGGAUGCUGCUCUGCUUGUCUAUGCUUUUCGAUUUAUCUUGGUGUGUCAGGGCAGGUUUGUGUGUCAUCGUCGCAUACGUUGAUAUGUAUGCGAAAUGAACUGCAUUUUUUCGUCUUUAUUGAUUAUUUUGUAAGUGUUUAAAAUAUAUAUUAUUUUGUAAGUGUUAGUUCCGGGGAGGUAUCUCUUCUACAUAUUAUCUAAAAGAAGAUCCAAUC